CGCCGGAAGGAGGCGCCGUGGAUUUGAAAGAGGGCCGAACGUUUUGGGGAAAGGGGAAAAUGGGAAUUAGGGUGAGAGAGAGGAUUUACUAAUGCUCCCUUUUUCUUUUUGUUCCUCUUUUCCAACUUAUGCCCAAGUAAUAUUCGGGAGGCAGAAAUGUCCGUCGGUUUCCCAAAUCAACCUGCCACCACUCGAACCGCCAGCAACGAUCUCUUCGCCGCCGUGGAUAUCGGCACUAACUCCUUCAAACUGACAGUCAUCCGCACCGAUCCCUCUUCCGGCCGUUUUCUCACCCUCAAUCGCCUCAAAGAACCUGUCCUGCUCGGCCUCGACACCACCACCACCACUGCCUCAGCCUCCACCAUCUCCGCCCAGUCUCUUGUCCGUGCGAUCUCCGCUAUCCGUAAAUUCCAGCAUUUCCUCUCCUCCCAGCGUCUCCCUUCUCCGCACCUCCGUCUCGUCGCCACAUCCGCAGUCCGCGAAGCCUCUAACAAAUCCCAAUUCACAACAGCGGUCAAGGACGCCCUAGGCCUCCACGUGGACAUCAUCUCCGGCACCGAAGAGGCUCGACUCAUUUACCUCGGCGUGCUGCAAUUCUUCCCGGUUUUCACCUCCACGGUGCUCACAAUCGAUAUUGGCGGCGGCUCUUCAGAGUUCACCGUGGGGUUUAAGGGGAAUGUGUUGUUUUCCAAAUCCUUAAGAUUGGGACACGUCACCUUAACUCAACAAUUCAGUGAUGUUGCGAAAAUGAGAGAGCACAUCCAGAACGAGUUGAAAACCUCCGGCUUGGUUGAGAAAAUUAAUGGGUUCAAUAUAGAUGUCGUGAUAGGUUCAUCUGGUACGAUCAAGGCUAUUGACAAGGCCGUGUGCAGAGGCUAUGCUCUCAAGGUGGAGGAAAAUAUCGGGCCUUUUGAGGAACACGUGAGAAGGGAGUGGAGGUUUACUAGGGAUGAACUGAGGUGUUUAGUGGACAGGUUGUGUGAUGAAGAUAGGGAAAUGGUGGGGAAAGUGAAGAGGGAGGAAUUUUUCAAAAGGCGGGCUGCCUUCAUUAUUGCUGGAGCUGUUUUACUGGAUGAGAUAUUUAAGAUUCUUGCCAUUGAGACAAUGGAUGUCUCGGGUUAUGCAUUAGGGGAAGGGGUGAUUGCAGAAAUGUUGGGGCAUUCUUUCGAGGGUUUUGAACUGAACACGAACGCGAGAUGGAGGUCUGUUUUCAGACUGGCUUCGAGGUUCAACAAUAAGAAGAGGAUGAAAGCUGCCACCACUUGUCUGGCAGUUGCAAGGGAGAUUUUUGGAGGCUUGGAGAAAUGGAAAGAGUUCAGGUAUGGAGGCAGUCAUGAAGAUGGGCUUUUGGCAACGUUGGAUGAUAGAAAUCUCGAGUAUCUUGAUGCUGCUUGUUUGCUCCACAAUAUCGGCCUAUAUGCUGGGAAGAAAGGUUAUCAUAAGCAGUCUUAUCACCUUAUCCUGAAUGGGGAUCACCUCCAUGGUUAUUCCGGGGAAGAGACUAAGGUGUGGUGUUUUCUUGAAUCUUUCAUGGAAAUAGAAUUUUUCAAGGUUUUCAAUUUCAGUGACAGUUUUAAGCUUCCAGCUUAUAGCAAUGCUUGCAAAGCUGAAAUUCAGAAUCCUCUGUACAAUUAUGCGGGUCUCUUGUGCAGCUCAGCAAUGUCUUCCAGUGAAUUUUCAGUUCGUGGAAUUUUCAUGUUCUCCUGAAGGUUUCAAAUUGGUACUCUAUGAGGGUGAUGCAAGAAAUCUAUCUCUGGACACUGUGCAGCCAGCAGGGGAUAUCAAUUUGUUGAUGGAGAAGGAAUUGGAACACUUUAGGAUGGUAUUCAAACAAAAUUUGCAUAUUUUGGUUUCUUCAGCCGUUUCUUGAUGGCCAAAUAGCUGACUGAAGCAAUAUGAAUCUGCUUAAUAGUAGGUUUUGUAAAAUGGAUUGUAUAGAAUAUGGAUCCAUCAGUUUAUUCACCAUAUCUUCCUAAAGUUUGUAAUAUUGGAAUAAUUUAUUAUCUUUCAUCGUAAUGUAUAAUUAUUAUAUCAAUGGCCCCGUUUGGUAGAUAGGGGAUUGAAGAUAAAUUAGCGGAUUGGACUUAAUUGAGAGGUUUGACUCGUCAAAUCCGCUAUUGAGCUUGUUUGGUAAAUAGCUUAUUUGAUAAGUUUUUUGGGCUCAAAACUCUAAUUUAGAAAAAGCUCAUUAGAGCGCGUUUUGGAGAUAGAGGAUUCACAAAAAAAUUUGUCUUAUUUAUUUUAUAGUCUACAUUAGUUUAUGGUGCUAAUAAAUAAUAAUAUGUCAUUCAUAUGAUUAAUUUAUCUAGAAAAAUGUAAAAUUCAUAACUUCUUC